CACAUCACUCAUUCCCCUCAAACACACUCCUGAGCAUCGCUGCACUCCAGAAGACUACCUGCUCCAAACCCAACCACCAGCAUCAUGGGUCAGACUAUCAACUUGACCGCUAUGACUCCUCUGACACCAGACCAAACCCUAGAGGUGUCAGGAAUCAUCCCUGCCAAAGCCAAGUACAUUACAUUGGGACUGGGCAAAAACAUGAACGAUUUGGCAUUCUACAUGGAGGUGCGCUUCGAGAAGAAUGAGCUGGUCUUUAACACCAGAGAGGAUUGCAACUGGGGCAAAGAAAUCGUGAAGGCCAACCCCUUUGUUGAGGGUGGCAGGUUUGAGGUCCGAGUGGACUACACUGAGCACAACUUCGUUGCCAUAAUUAAUGGCAAAGAGACUACCAUCCCAAACAAGAAGAAAAUCUACAAGACAGAGAUGGUGUUGUUAAAUUGCGACCUUAUCCUCCAGGGCUUCAAUGUGAAACCUACCCAUUAGGUUGGUCACUUUUUAGUCACCAUGGGGGGAGGGGACACACCUGGAAGUCCUGUGUCAGUUAGCACUCAUAGGUCUCAAAGUUGUCCCUCGAUAGAAUUUCUGAUUAAAGACACUGUACAUGUGUGAUGGAGAAACAUGUAACAUCUGAAAAUAAUCAGUAAAAAAAUAAAUACAUUGGUAUUGUUA